UUACAAGCAGCUUUCAAGUUUCAACACAUUUUCAAUUAGCCAUAGCAAUGGGGUCUCAGUUUGCAGGAGCAAAAAUAUCAGUUGUUCUCCUCACUGGCCUUGUUGCUCUUGCAACACUUGUCAACUGCAACACUGAAGGUGACAUACUGUACAAGCAAAGGGUAGCUUGGGAGGACCCCCACAAUGUGCUGCAGACCUGGGAUCCAACCCUUCACAAUCCCUGCAGUUGGAUGCGCGUCAUGUGCAACAGUGAUAACACCGUCAUUCGUGUGGAUUUGGGGGAUGCAGACAUCUCAGGGCCUCUGAUUCCUCAAUUGGGUGGACUGAAAAAUCUCCAGUACCUUGAGUUGUACGGGAAUCGCCUGAAUGGAUCAAUUCCAGCAGCACUGGGCAAGAUGGAACAUCUAGUCAGCCUUGAUCUUUAUAGCAACCUGCUCACUGGCACGAUACCAACUUCGCUUGGUGCCAUGAGCCGUUUGCGAUAUCUGAGGUUAUCUCAGAACAAACUGAGAGGGGCAAUACCCCCAUCACUGGGCAAUCUGAUGAGCCUUGAGGAUUUGGAGCUUCACAAGAAUGCAUUGAGUGGCUCUAUUCCGGCUUCUCUGGGCAAUGUCAAAACAUUGAAUUACUUGCGGUUGAAUGGUAAUAUGCUGACUGGCACUGUGCCGUUGGAAAUCCUCUCUCUUCUUGUCUCCAACCUAGUUGAAUUAAAUGUUGCGAAUAAUAAUCUGGAUGGCACAGACAGAGAAUCUGGAACGAGAGUUACUACCAUUAUCCAGGACAUGCCGAAAACUGCAAGUUGAAUCCAGGAAUCCAAGUUCAAGAUUUUGUAUUUCAGGCACAUUUUGGAAAAUGGGAUAAAUAAAAAAAAUAAUGAUCCCUCCUGUGCUCACUGAAGUACUAUUACUGAACAUAUAUCUCCUAGCAUUUUAAUGUUGACUAGGAGUGCAAUGGAAAUUAUGGUGCUAAUAUGUACUUUCUCUGUUUCACAUUAUAAAUUAUUUUGGGCUUUAAUAGAUUCAUGCAUCGAUACAUGUAUGUACUUCAUUUAUGUGUUCAAAUUCAUAUGAAUGUUAGUGAAUCUUGACUAGAGAUAGAGAGACCAAAACAUCUUGUAAUAUGUAAUGGAGGGAGUAGUUGUGUGUUUUACUGAUCAUGUGCCUCUAUUCCAAAA